ACAGCGGGAUGACUCGUAUAUUUUGCGACGCGACGUUCACGCACCGGCUCGCCGUCGCUGCCAUAAAACAGUGCAUCGUGGAAAAAAGAACGAAAACAAACCCCGUGUGUUCAUGUCACAGCCCGCUGUCUAUAAUGUGAAACCAUGCUCCGGUCGUCUGAGACUCAAACACCAGCUUUUUUGGAGAAAACGUUGCGGUUUGGACUUCCCAGCAGUCGGGCACCACCAGCAGCUCCAUCUCGUUCCCGGGCUCCUGGAAGGGCCACUCUUUGCUGCCCCAACCAAAUGAAGCCAACGUCCUCCCCAGGAGCAGCACUCGCAGAGGACUCCACCUGUCACUGGGACUCCUGUGCACCGUGCUGGGCUCCAGUAGCCCACCCAUGCCUGUGAUCCCCAUCCCACGGCGGGUGCGCAGCUUCCAUGGCCCCCACACCACCUGCAUGCACUCGGCCUGUGGGUCGACGCAUGCCUCCAAGCUAGUGCGCUCCAAGUACAAUAACUUUGACCUCUACCUGCGCUCGCGCUGCAUGUACAGCUUCCUCCGUUUCCUCCUCUACUUUGGCUGCAGUCUGCUGACCUCCCUGCUCUGGGUGGCGCUCUCUGCUCUCUUCUUCCUGCAGUACAUCAGCGUGCGCGUGCUCCUGCGGCUGCAGUACAAGCUGUCUGUCAUUCUGCUUUUGUUAGGGCACCGGCGCCUGGACUUUGGGGUACUCAAUGACCUGCUCAUCUACAGCAUGCAGAUCACCAUGUUUCUGGUGGGGGGCCUUGGCUGGUGCUUAAUGGUGUUCGUGGACAUGUAGCUCCGACUCUGAACGACGUGGGGGAAACGCCCCGCUGAAACUGAAGCUGCGUUCUGUGGCGGUAUGGGACAACAUCUACUGCUCGAGUUAAAAAAUUUAAAAAAAGACCCCUUUGACGUCAACUUGAGAUCUUUAUGGUUUAGUUUCAGAUAUGAUAGAGUCCAUUAAGAAUCUCUGUAACAACCUCCUGUGUGCUGUCCCUCGAAAUGGUUGGUCCAAUAUAGCUCAGAGAGAACCACCUGGGUGCUGAAUAUCAACACCGAUGCUUGAAGUCAGUCUUACCAGAGUCAGACUCUCGAGACGGGGAGGGUCGAAAUCAACUGUAUUUUCAUGCCAUUUGUAAACCGUUUUCACAAAUUUUGUAAUCUUGAAUCGAAACUCAUUUGUUUACAAUAAUGAAAAAUGUCAAUGUUGCAUGGCAAAGUGACUGAACAUAUGAAUGAUGUGCCUCAGGGCUGUCUAAUGAAAGACAUGCAAUUUUUGUGCCAAAAUGAGGCCCCCCCCCUCCAUCGGAAAAGUGUACCACGAUUCCCAGGUUGAGAUAAUUCCAGUUAUUUAGUAUAAACAAACUUGAUAUCAUGUAAACAUACAUGUACCACAGAGAGUCUGUAACCUAUGGUGGAUAAAGUUGUCAACAGUG